UCCCAAACCCUCUCAUAGGCUUUCUCUGCUCUGCGAGGUUUACCUCGCAGACACAAAGCCAUUUGCUUUGCUUUGCAUUGAUCAAGUCUCAAAAUCUUUCAGUCUCAAAUCUGAGAAACACUCUGCAAUUGCAUAAUACUAUAUAAAACUUAUCAUAGCCUUUUGGGUAUCUGUAGUUUUUUUUUGGGUUUGAAUAGUGUGUUGUGAUGGAGGUCCAUUCUACUGUAAAUCAUGCUUCUGCAAAGCGCUUUUGGAAUGUGCUCAGGAUUGCCUUUUUCAUGAUAAGGAAAGGGCUCAUGUCCAAGAGGAAGAUUCUUAUGGAUAUGCAUUUCAUGAUGAAAAGAGGGAAAGUGUAUGGGAAAAGCUUGGGGAAUCUCAUGUUCCAUCAUUCCAGGGAUAGUAACCAUGGUGAAUUUGGGCUUAAAGAAUAUGAGUUUUCCUGCAGCAAUAGCCCUGCUAAUCCAGUCUUCUUCCACAUCCCCAGAAGGAAGUUUCAGAUACACAUGCCACACUUCCCCUGCAUUCAUCCACAUACCAUUAAGGAAGAUGAGGAGGAAGAACCCAAUGCUAUUGUUUUGCCUCAGCUGAAUUACAGUGGAGAGUACUUUACCAAGGAUUGUCUUAAUCAUAAGGAUUUUCCUGCUAUGGAGAAGCUGAGCCCCAUGUUGUCUCCUCUGUCAAGGAGGAUAUCCUGUUACUCUGGAGAAGAAGAUAAUGAUUGUCAAGUAGACAGACAAGCUGAUGAAUUCAUUGCUAGGUUCUAUGAGCAAUUGAGAUUGCAGCACAAUUCUUCUUUGAUGCAGUAUCAGGAGAUGCUUGCCAGGGGUGCCAGUUAGGAUCAUCAUUAUUUUAGGGAGAUUUCGAGCUUAGAAGAAACUUUGGAGAUGGAUAUUGGCCUGUGUUGAUAGUCUAAAUAUGUUCUACAGAUUCUGUUUUGCAGUAGAAUAGCAGGCGAUUAGACUUAUAUAAAUGUGUGUCCACAAAUUUAUUCCAAAAAUUUAUGUAAAGUAGUAUUUGUUCAUAAUAAAUAUAUAUUGUUUAUAUAAAUAA